AUGUACCCCUUCCUCAUCCCCCUCGUCGUCCUCUUCUCCCUCUCGCUCCCGCCCUUCCUCUACCCCGUCCUCAAGUCCAUUGGAGUCUACUCAGAACUCUGGCUCAAUCUCGCCGUGCUCGUCCCCGCCUCCUUCAUCUCGGCCUUCCUCAUUACGGUCAAGGACUCCCGCACCAGCAUCCCCAUCGCCUUAUCCCUCGUGCUCGAUGACAUCAUCGACUUCCCCGUCGCCGCCUGGUCCUCCGUUUACGAUGCAGCCAUCACUGGGCAGUCCUUCCUCUCAAACGCCUCCAUUUCCGCCUCGUCCCUUCUUCUCAAUACUGCCGUUUCCAUUCGGUCGUCCCUUCUCAACAUCAGCCUCUCUGUCUGGUCCUUGCUCCUCACCGCUCAGUCCCCCCUCCGCAAGCUCAUCGCCGACGUCAACCAUCUCUUCUCCUUCGUCGUGGUCGACGUCCAUGCCAGUCACUUCGACUCGGACCUUAGUGUCGACUUGCCCUCCCCCUCUCACGCUGACGUCAACACCGACACCGACGUCGACGCCAACACGAGCACGGGUUCCGACACCGACACAAUCGUUGACACCGACCUCGAUACCGACACCACAGUCAAGCCCCUCUCACAGGUCCUCGAGCUCGAGGCAGAGGUCGAGCGGCUGCGCACCGAGCUCGCUGAGAAGACACGGUGUAUCGAGGACCUCGAGGACGAGGUGGAGCUGGUCGCGAGCGAGAAGAACUACCUCAACGGGGUCAUCGAAGCGCGGUGUGCGGAGUUCGUCCAUCUCAACGGGGUCAUCGACAAGCGCAACCGCGAGAUCAAGACCCUCAAGGCUGCCGUCGCGCAGGCCCACGAGAAGUGCAAGGACCUCGAGAUUGAGAUUGAGAUUCUCGAGGAGGGCGCGUCGCAGCGGGACGAAGAAGUCGCUCAGCUCGCCAGUAUCAUUGAACAGCACGCUGAGACGGAUGAGAAGCUGGAAGCUGCUGAAAGGGAGGCCAUCAAAUACGCCAGCGAGGUUGAGGAAAAGCUUAGACUUGCUGAGGAAGAGCUUGACUACACCCGCAACCAGAACAAGCAGCUCAUUGCGUGGAACUCUACCGUCGAGACACGCAACGAGGAUCAACACGGUGUCAUCGCUGCUCUCAUUGCCAUUCGCGGCCAGGAGGACUCCUUCAAGUGGAUCGCCCAGGCUGUGGAGUCCGAGGCGCUCAAGGCGGAGCACAAUCGCGAGCACCGCAACCUCCGUACUCGCGUCUCGGACCUCACAUCUAUGAACGCCCAACUCAUGUCCCGCCAGCGCACUCUCGUCCGCCAGCUGCCCCUCUCCACAACCCUUGGCAAGCGCCGCACCAACCCGACCUUCGAGGGUGGGCCCGUCGGACUCGCUCCUUUCAAGAGUGCACGCUGGGACCCGGAGGCCUGCAACUCCAAUUCCAGUCUCUGUGAGCUGGCGUCGCUCCCGCGCGACUGCAACGAGGACGACAUGGAGCCUCUCGACGAGUCCUCUGACUCCCUCUCUUCCUCUCCCACCUGCGGCUCCUUGACUCCUUCGCUGAGCUCUCUCGAGGAUGACAUUGCUCAAGAGCCUGCGACGACCGAGUAUGAGUCCUCUGGAGACCUUUCGGCGUCGGCAGCACACCUCUCCGCGCCGGCGUCAUGCUUCUCGGCGCCAGCCUCAUGUCUUUCUGUAUCGGCUUCUCACCUCUCUGCAUCGGUGUCGGUCUUCCACUUCCCAGCGUCGGUCUCUCAGGUCUCCUCGCACAUAUCCGACUUCGGUUCCCUCAUCCGGCGUUUGACACAUCGGUCAAUGUCCCGCGGGAGUCACGUGACAUGGUUGAGCGUGACAGAACAAUGGUCGGGCCGCAUCCAGCGCCAAACGGCCUUGUUCUGUUCCUCCACCACGAGCCACUGCACGAUCCCGACCACCCUCUCCUGCACCGAAGUGCGAAGUAUCUUUAUCGCCUAUUACAUGCCUGGUCUUUCGCCGACGCGGCGUACGAAUCAGCCUGUUGCGUCUGGCUCGAAGUUGCCUGAGCCACCCACCGUGACGCUCCCCAAAACCGACAACGAGAAGGGAAAGUUAGUCCAACGCAAUGAAGAAGAACAUAAGAAUGUGAAUGGGGCCUCGAAGGCUCGCAAGAAAGGCGGAAGUAUUCCCAAUGGCUCAUCCGCCUUGACUCAUGCCGCAAACGGAUCCGUUCCCGCUGGAAAUGAACAAGACAUUGACGCCACUGACGCCGACGAAGAAGACGAGGACGGGGAGGUAGAGGAAGAAGAAGAGGAGUACGAAGCCGACCGGUGGUUCACCGACCGCUCUGGGCUGCAGUUCCGGUACCCGCCCCAGGACGCGUCGGACGAACGAUGGCUGGAGACGAUGGCGGCCGCGGUGGUGGAGGGCGCGGAGGACUUCGACCGGCACGCGGCCGAGGUGCGCGCCCAGCUGGCGCAGCGCCUGCUCGAGGCGACGCUGCUCGAGGUCGAGGUGGACGAGGCGACGGAGGAGUACUGCGAGAUGCUCGUGGAGCUGAGCGACUCUGUGGGGGAGGACGCGGCGUACGAGAUCGUGAAGGCGGCGAGGAACGUCGCGGUCCCGCGAUACGACGACGUGGAUAGCGAGGUGGCGUUUGCGCGGCCGCGGAUCGAGAUCGAGCAGGCGACGGAGGACGGGAGCGGGGACAAAGACGAAGACAUGGUGGAUCAGUCUGUGGAGACUACCGGGAUUUCGAGCGAGGGCCCGCCCACGUCGCCCACCUCCCACGUCGUUGCCCACCGUGCGCAGAAGCGGCCACGCCCCAUCGAAGACGACCACGACCACGACAAUGCCGACGACCGCGACCCGAUCCUCGAGCUCUUCGACCAGGCGAAACGCCGCCGCCGCGCCGGCGUGGCCUCUAGCCCCGGCCCCGCGAAACAGCACCGCCGGUCCCACCCCCGCUCCCCGCUCCCGAUCCGCACCGACUCCCCGCUCCCGCCGUCGUCCCCGCCGCCGUCGAGCCCGGACAAGCCCGCGGGGCCCCGCAGCGUGCCGCAGCGGUUCGGGCAGUUCCUCGUCCCGCCGGCGGCCGAGGGCCAGCGCCGCUCGCGCCGGAGCCGGCCACCUUUCCGUCUCUCGCAGAUCUACCCCUCCGAGAGCAGCGAUGGGGAGGGCGAGGGCGAGGGCGAAGCAGAUGUGGAAGAGCAAGAGAAGGUCUUCGAGCGUCCGCCAAACCCGGAGCCCCCGAGCCCCACCGACACGGAGCCGGCGGGGGACGAGGAGCUCGACACGGCGGGCAGCCGGUCGACGACGAAGGGCGAGGGGUCGGCUUCGACCGCCGCGACGUCGGUCGACGGGGCCUCGAUGAAGGCGGGCACCGCCCCGUACGGCUCUGAGAGUGCGGACGGCGCGACCCUGCCCGCGCACGGCGAGACGGUGAGCGAGGCGCUGCGCCGGUUCGACGAGCAGCGGGUGCCGUCGCCGAACGACAGCGCCGUGUUCUGGCCGAUGAAGUGGUCUCCAGACGCGGCGGGGCCUCCGUCGCAGGCGGCGGUGGGGAGGAAGGGGUGGGACCCAACGUUUGGAGAGACUGCGACGGCGGAGAUACCGCGGAUUCGCGUACACGCAUGGCGCGACCGGCCAGUGGCGGAUCGCGGGACGGACGGGGCGAAUCCGUUGUGGUAG